UUGUGGUUGAUUGCCAUGGACUGGAACCAGGUGCUUUCGUGGUCUCGAAUGCGCUUACUUCGUCGAUUCUCUGUCUUCAGAUACUAACGCUUACUUCGCUUUCUUCGUUCGGACGUCAUGACGACGUUCGUUUGGAACCCUGCCUGAUGAGUCUGUCGCCGCAGCGGCCACGCAAUCACCAUAAAUUGGUGCUAUGUGGUUGGUGGCAGUCUCUGAGGGCUCUCGAACUGUUCCUGUUGAGUGGCUGGCAACGUGAAUGAGUGCCUCUGCCACUGGACAUUGGGCAGUACGAAGGCCUAAUGUAAUCCUACUUUGUCUGUAAAGUAGUAGAUGUAACGCGCGUUAGGCCACAGUCUGUCUUUACGCAUAGCUAUGGCGACUCUUAGUUGGACAUUUGAUGAAAUUACUAGAUGGCUUCUCUCACUGGGGCUGUCAGAGUACGUUUCAAAUUUUAAGUCGCACGAAAUAACCAGCGGAGAAGUACUUCUUGAGCUGCAGGAGGAGCAUCUGAAGGAAUUGGGGAUAUGGAAAGUUGGCCACCGAGUUCUUCUCUGUAAGAAGAUUCAAGAGCUAAAAGGCAGUACUAAUAGCCACGAUUUGAUCACCCUUAACAGCGCUGUCGACAUCGCCAAACUGUUCGACAAGAUAGUUGAAGAGAAAUGGAGACGCAAUUCUGAAUUCUACCCCAAAAAGAUUUUUAUUCUGAGACACGGAGAAUCGGAAGGAAACACUGACAAGAGAUUGUAUGCAACAGUUCCAGAUAACAAGCUGUCGUUAACAGACAGAGGGAUACAACAGUCCAGAGAUGCUGGAAAGAGAAUUCGUGAAAUUAUUGGCAACGAGAGCAUUACUUGCUAUGUGUCACCUUUCAUGCGCUCAAAACAAACGUUUGAAGCGGCAAAGGGAGCAUUUCAACCAGGACAGGUCACAUGGACAGAAGAGCCUCGUAUCAGAGAACAGGAAUGGGGCAACUACCAAGAUCCAAGCACAAUGGACACAGUGAUUCAACAGCGACGAGACAUCGGUUCUUUCUAUUUUAGAUUUCCGACUGGCGAAAGUGGUGCCGAUGUGUUUGAUCGUGUCUCUUCGUUUCUGGAGACUUUGCAUCGUGACAUGAAGAAAGGUCACUGCAAGCAGAACAUUUUGCUGGUGUCACACGGUCUUACUUGUCGCCUCUUUCUUAUGCGUUACUAUCACUGGGAGGUCGAAACGUUUCAUAAAUUGUGGAACUUCGAGAAUGGAGAAUUUGUAAUGAUGGUCCUACAGCCUGAGGGUGGAUAUAGACUAGAGACCAAGCUACGACAAGAGCCUUGAAUCGUUAGUGAACGAACAAUUACUAUCAGACUGAUUAGCAUGUCAAUGGUAAAGUAUUAGAUUUAUAUUGAUGUCCAUAUUUGAUAUUGUAGUAUUAGUAUGUCUUGCAACAUUUGUGAAAUUUUGUUUUGAGUUUUAAAUGAUAUGGGUGAUUCAUA